UUCUACGACGUCACCGACUGAACUCACAUGUCACUGUCCGUUAUGAUUUUAAAUGGCUAGCAGUAGUUUAUAAACAUAAUAAAAACAUAUGAAUUUUUAAAGGCGUAGAAUGUCCGCACAUAAGUGGAUCCACUGCAAUAUUUGUUACAAUCUACUAUCGAAGAAGGAACGUCGCUUCUUUUUGAUGAGCUGCCAGCAUACACUCUGCAAGGACUGCAUGGCGAACUCGAAUCGAGGAACUUGCUGUCCAGUUUGUAAAAGGCAAGGCCUACAGUUUGUGGAAAUCUGCAACACGAUGGACAAGAAAUUUAAGGCGCUGUUCGACCCGGAUGUACCGAAAACCAUCGAGCAGUCUUGUAAGAUUAUCAACUUUCAAACGAAACAGAAGCAGCAUCUGAUUGAUUAUAUCAUCUAUAUGGACGAAAAAAUACUUAAAGCCGAACAGAUAGAACACCAUCUGAAGAAGAAGGUCUACGAACUCCAACAGUGCUACCAGAAGACGCGCAACUAUCGGCGGAACAAGCAGCAAGCUCUUCGGAAGCAGAUGGGUCUGGCAGAAGCAGAUGAAGGUGAAAGUCCUCCUACGGGUGCGAAUCCCCCCACACGGAACGAGGGCGACUUCUUCGAUGACCACACGAAAAGCUCCGGAAGUAAUGGCAGCCGAUUGUCCACCGAUAGCAGAGGCCGCAAGGAUUCCUUCCUAAAUUUGAAGGGUUCUUCGACAUCCAGUGAUUCCGUUCGUUCGGUGGACUUUGGGACCACUCCGUCCAGUGGCGAUCGGUCGACCGGUAGGAUCAAUGAAUCCUUCCACAGUAUGCGGAUUGAUAGUGAGUGAUGGCUAUCAACAAUAGGCAAAAUAAUGUAGGACUCUUAAUUCAUUGUAAUUUCGAAGAUGAAUUGCAUUUCUAGCACUUAUAGGGACUAGUUUCUCAGCUUGAAUUCUAA